GAUUUCUCGUUUCGAGCUAAGGCAAUCCGAGGAUAUUCGAGGAGAUCUAUAGGGAGAUUCGAGGAGAUCCGGGGAGAUUCGAGGAGAUCCGGGGAGAUUCAAGGAAAUCUGAGGAGAUUCGAGGAAAUCCGAGGAGAUUUUGAGGAGAUUCGAGGAGAUUCCGAGGAGAUUCAAGGAGAUUCUGAGGAAUGCGAACUGCAAAGCGUCGCGUAAGCAACGUUGUGGAAAUUUCCGAUCCUCGCUCGCAGUUUUGACUCACCAACUUGCAACGCAUCUAGGAGGGGUUUAUCUUUGUUUUGUGCAAGCACAUGCGUUUGUUGCUUUCUAUUUUUAGUUUCAUCCGCAUAAAGCAUGUGAUUUGUGCAAAAUUUAUGUUGUGUAAUGUGUUGUGAAUAAGGAUUUCGAUGAAGGUAAGUAAAAAAGUGUUUUUUUUUCUACAUAUUCAUAGAUUAGGUAUAAACACAACAAAAGGUACAUUUUCAAUUGCACUUAGAAAUUUGCUGUCCAGAUUGAGAGAAAAUUAAUGGGUAUUUUUUUAGAAUAAAAACUUGGUUUUUGUAGACACUGCACCAAUGUAUCUUAGCCGCAAAUUGGUUCUUUAUUUACCUUUGCAUUUAUGGUUAUAAUAAGCAGUGUUAAUACCUCGUAUUUCUCCUUCGACUUUAGUUUAAUAUUUUUUCAAGGUAAAUAAUAUAUCAUUUUCAUUAGCACUGCGCUUAUACGAAGUGCGUCAAAAAUAUUAUUUGGGGCAAACUCCUAGUGGCGGCGCACUUUGACAAAAUGCAUGAAGAUUUAUUUCAAUUCCACCUCGAAUUUCACACUUUAUCUGUAAUUAGGUCUUAAGUGCUAGUGAUACAUCCGAGGAUACAUCGGAUGUUACCACAGAUGUAUCUACCCCUUUUUCAAACAUUGCUUCUGUCCUUCAUUUCAGCGUGCUGACCUACCAUUUUGUGGCUUGACUAUGGGCUCGAAUAUGAAUAACGAACACACAACCAACAGUGCGUACCAAGGUACGGACGAAUUUGAGAAAGAAAUACCAGCAUUACCUCAAGAUUUAAAAAAUGUUUUAAAAAUUUCGGGUUAUUACAAUAUUGAAUCAUUAAGUAACAUUACAAACGAUGAUAUACAGGCAAUAGAACAGUUUGGAAGGGAGGAACUAACCAGUUUAAUAGACGAAGCCGAGUACGAGCAAUAUUUCGGAGUGUAUAAAAGAGUACCACAAAAGUUUAAACUAUUACCUGGUCAUAAGAAGUUGUUAAAAAUCGCAUCAGAGACACUUAAAAAAAAAUUAAACGAACAAAAAAAUAUUCAAAAGUUUCAAAAUCCAUUAAGUUCUCGACAACGUAAUUGCCCAAAAACUCAAGUGAGAGAGGAAGUUAUUGAUUUGCAUUUAGAAAAAAAUAAUUUAAGAAAAGAGCUCUUAAAAAAGUGCAAAGAUAUAAUUCAGGAAGCAACUUUAGAUUUAAACAAAAAAAGUGAAUAUCUUACCAGAUUGGACAAUAUUGAGGUAACUGUUCAAAUAGGGCACAAUGAUGACCUGUUUGGCACAGUCUGUUGUAUAUUAUGUCAAAAUAAAGUAAAACUUUUUUUUGAACAGCGAAAAAGUACUUGCGCUCCGCGGUGGUUAAGAGGAAAUUUCUACAAGCAUUUUAAAGCGCACUUUUACACCAAGAUCCCUGCCAACAAAUCAACUUUAGUGUCAAACGAAAUCGAGAAUGAAACGAAUUCCCAAGGCAAUUGUCGUCCAAAUAAAAAAUUUAAGACAAUGCUCAAUUAUUUAGAAAAACCCUCGGAAAACCCCAAAAUCGAUUUUUUAAGUGUGUCGGGCAUCGAAAAAAAUUCGAGUAAUACUAGUCACGUUGUUUCGCACAUCGAUUGUGAAUUUAAUCUCCAAUCAGAACCCAAACGUCCCAAACCAUCGUCAACAAUAACCUCGACAAUAACUAACGAUCAAACUCGUGAUCAACUAACGAAUCAACAAGCGUGCACUAAAAAAGUUAAUGUAAUACAAAAUGUGUUACUGAACACAAAGUCUGAUGAUACAGUGAAAUCUCGGGUGGAAUUUGAAAACAAAUCAGAGGAGAAUUUAAAAAUUCCAGAUCGAGCUGCAAAUUCAAGAAGUGACAGGAUCAAACGCAAAUUAUCUGUAAUACCUCAAAAUCAACCCUAUAUAACAACAUUUUUCCCUUAUGUAAAUAGCGUAGAGAAAGUGAUGCAAGAAAAUGCAGAAUUAAAAAGAUUAUUUUUGGAUAACUGUAAAAAAAUAAAUGUUUUUGAAAACCAUCCCAAUGAAAGUAGCGACGACGAGAAUAUCAAAGGUUUGUUAAAUUUGCUAAUCAAAACAGCCACAGCAAAUAACAAUAAUACAAAGAAAAGCAAUAAGUACAACCUCACCUUAAAGAAAUUCUCUAAUUAUCUAUUUAUCAUCGGAGGCAGAUUACUAUACGAGACUUUAUAUCUAAAUUUGAAUGGAGCUUUGCCUUCUAUAUCUACUGUACAACGUGAACUAUUCAAAAAUUGUUCCAUCGAAGAAGGUGUUCCAAGAAUCAAGCAGCUGAGUGAACAUCUAUCGAAACGCAAUUUUCCAAAAACAGUGUGGCUUAGUGAAGAUGGAACACGUAUUAAUGGCAGGAUCCAGUAUUGUGCAUCAACCGAUACAAAUGUGGGGUUUGUAUUACCUAUUAAUCCUAAUGGAUAUCCAAACAAUAUGGCAUUUAAAGCAACAUCAAUCCAGGAAGUUAAAAGACAGUUUCAGGAAGAGAGUAAGGCUAACUACACCUAUGCGUUGGUGGCCCAACCUCUUAUAGCUAAAAGUCCGCAAUUUUGUUAUUGUCUGUAUGGCACAGACAAUAGGUUCUCCUCCAGUGAUGUGCUUCAGCGAUGGAGAACCACAAUAGCUAUGGCCAAAGAUAAUGAAAUUGAAGUUCUUGGCAUGUCAUCUGAUGGGGACAGUAGAUUACUAAAGGUAAUGAAGUAUGUAACAAAGUUAUCUUCCGCGCAAAACAAUGAUGGAUGGCCGUGGUUUCAUGCUGAACUUAACAACCCUGAAGUAAUAUGCGUACAAGAUACUACACACAUAGGAACUAAACUGAGGACUCGACUAAUUAAACCAGGAAUAUUAUUGCCGUUUGGAGACUAUAUAGUUUCCAGUGAUCAUUUAAAAUAUAUUAUAGAACAUUUUUCAAAAGAUGUGCACCGUUUAGUGCUAACUGAUAUUAAUUCUCAAGAUAAAAUGAAUUUCACCGCGGUGUUAAAAAUAUGUGAUGCAAAAGUAUUAGAUUUAUUAAAAAGUGCAGUUCCAAACAGCGAAGCGACUAUCUUAUAUUUGACUAUUGUAAAGAACGUUCUGGAUGCUUACAUGCAACAGGAUAUCAAAUUGGAUGAAAGAUUGUAUAAGAUAUGGUAUAGUGUAUUUAUACUACGAAUCUGGAGGCAGUGGAUUAAAGAAUCCGAUAUAUAUACAUUGAAAGACAAUUUUAUCACAUUAAAUAGCUAUACGUGCAUUGAAUUGAAUGCUCACGCCAUGAUUUUACUUAUCAGAAAAUUUGUUAGUGACAAUAAUUUGUCACCGAACAUGUUUCUUCCCCAUCUUAUGAGUAGUCAGCCUUGUGAGCAGCUAUUUAGAGCUACGAGAUCCAUGACCAGUACCUACUCUACUGUGGUGAAUUACAGCAUGUUAGAAAUUUUACAUAGGUUAAACCGUAUUCACUAUCUAGAAGAUGCAAAGCAUGAACUUCAAGGAAAUUUCAAUUUUCCCAAGAGAAUGAGAGUCAGCACUACAACUGAAACUUACUAUGAACCCAUGACUGAUUGUGAUAUAGAAGCUGUAGUAUUAAAGUCACAAAAAGACGCAAUACAUACUGCUGAGAAAAUGGGAAUCAUAAACUGCGACAGAUGGACAUCUAUGAUGGAGCUGAACAAGGUACAAAUAGAUGUAGAUUGUGACGAAAAAUCAAAUGCUGGUAAUGAAGAGGACGGCGACCGAAUCGAUGAUGUUGUGCAAUGCGAGGUGCCAUGUGACGAACAAAGUACGGAUACAUCAAACAAUAAUACAUUGAUAGAAGCGAUUCAAGAAAAUGGUGAUGAUGAUGUGGAUGCAGAGGACACUGAGGUAUUGAAGCAAUGCUUCGGCGAAUCGUUAGACUUAAAGGAUUACACAGAGAAGGUGGACCUAGAUACAAAUAAUCUAUCAGGAGGCCCGUAUUUAAAAGUGGUUUUGAAAAAUGGUGCCACUAAAACCGUAAAAAAAUCUUCAGUAUGUUGGAUGCUAAAUGAAAAUAUAUCAAGAUUGAGUGCUGACCGAUUAUAUAGGUUUAAAGGCCAAACGAAUAAAAAAAAUAUAGUGUUAAACAAAAAUAGAAAAUGUAUUAAAUAUGUAACCGAGGAUGAAAAAAACUCUAAAAAUCAAGUAAGGAAACGUAGAAGCCGAGAUAACAGCUCAUCAGAAUCGGAAUUGGAAAUUGAAAAUAUCGGCCUUCACGAUUCAGAAGACAUUUCAGAUGAAGAACCGAAAAAGAUAAGUAAAGUCAACGUAAACAUUUUGAAUGAACAUUACUAUGCUGUGAAGUACGAUGCUGCGUGGUAUAUAGGGAAAGUGGUCAAUGCAAAGAAAGAAGGGUUGGUGCAAGUGAAAUUUCUGAAAGAAAAUCUUCAACAUUUUUAUUGGCCUAAACAAGAGGACGUACAAAACGUGGAAGUGAUUCAAAUUUUUUACGGACCUAUAAAAAUGUUAGGUUCAAAACCUAUGAGUUUAUCGUGGUCAGACAGACAACAAAUUUGUAAUUUAUACAAAAAUUUAAAAAAAAGUUAAUUACUUAAACUUUACUUUGUUCCCUCGUUUGUUCCUAUCGUUAAUAUUAGAAUGUAUUCAAUAGGUAUCGAUAAGUAGAAACAGUGUUAUUUUGUUUUUUUUAAUGUCCAGUAAUUAUAUUUGAUUUUACAUUUUUUUAA